AUGUGCCUCCUCAACAAGCCCAAGGGUGAGAUGACCCCAGAGGAGCUGCAGAAGCAGGAGGAGGAAGAGUUUAACAUGGGUCCACUCCCCGUGCUCACACAGUCGGUCAAGAACAACACCCAAGUGCUCAUCAAUUGCCGCAACAAGAAGCUCCUGGGCCGUGUGAAGGCCUUUGAUAGGCACCGCAACAUGGUGCUGGAGAAAGUGAAGGAGGUGUGGACCGAGGUCCCCAAGAGUGGCAGGAGCAAGAAGAAGUCCAAGCCAGUCAACAAGCACCGCUACAUCUCCAAGAUGGUCCUGUGUGGGGACUCGGUCAUUGUGGUCCUGUGGAACUCGCUCAUGCAUAGCCAACCUGCCCUUUGCGCUGGAAAUAAUAAAGUACUGUGA